ACUGUCCAUGAGGAAGGUGGAUAUGAGCACGUUACGAGAAAGAAAAAAUGGGCCAUGGUGGCUAGAAAGAUGGGUUAUGCCGCUGGCAAGUCAGCACCUACUCUGUUAAGAAUGAAUUAUGAGAAGUUCUUGUACCCAUAUGAUAUCUUCUUAAUUGGAGCAUUUACUGGGGACCCUGUGCCAACUGCUGAUCAGUUGAAAAAAGAAGAAAAAGACAAAGACUAUACCCCGUCAGUUUCAACAAAUACAAAUUACCAGGCAGCUAGACGAACGAGGAGAGCUAAACUUGAUGAUGAUGAAGAAAAUUCUUCAAAUAUUGACUAUGACAGCAAUCCAGAGUUGAGGAAGUUGCAGUUUCUUGCUCCUGGACCAAAAAUGGCUGGUGUGGUGGCCAAAAAAGAAGAUAAAAAUCUCCUGACCCACGUUCCAGAGCCAGAAAUCAAAAGAGAAUCAAUUGACUCCAAAACCUCUCCCAGCAAGAACACCUCACCAAUCAAGACCAUCUCACCAAGCAAGACAAAAUGUGUGGGAACAGAUGUCAGCAUUGAUAGCUCACCUGCAAAGUCAACCAGGUUUAGCAAACAAAAGGACAGUGGCAAGCUAAAAAUGGAAAACAUUAAAAUAGGAAAAGAACCUGAGCUCACAAGACGUCGUCCAGUCAGACAAGCUAGUAAGACUCAGUCUGUAUGGGUUGAGGAAUAUGUCUGCCAAGUGUGUACAAAAGGAGAUUCAGAAGAUUCAAUGUUACUAUGUGAUGGAUGUGAUGAUAGUUAUCACACAUACUGCCUUAUACCGCCACUUACUACUGUACCCAGAGGAGACUGGAGAUGCCCUAGAUGUGUUGCUGAGGAAUGUAAUAAACCACAAGAGGCCUUCGGCUUUGAACAAGCCAAACAGGUCUACACUCUGCAGUCAUUUGGUGAAAUGGCUGAUCAAUUUAAAAAAGAGUACUUCAAGAUGCCUCCCCGGGAGGUGCCAACACAAGUAGUUGAGAAAGAGUUCUGGAGGCUAGUAAGCUCAAUGGAUGAGGAGGUUCAAGUAGAGUAUGGAGCAGAUCUUCACACAGCAAAACAUGGCAGUGGCUUCCCAAGGAAGGGUUUUACAUCAACCAGUGAAGAAGAGUAUUUUGCUAAUUCACAGUGGAAUCUCAAUAACAUGGCUAAUCUUGAAAAAUCAGUACUGUCUCACAUUAGUGCUGACAUCUCUGGAAUGAAGGUUCCAUGGCUAUAUGUUGGCAUGUGUUUUAGCAGCUUUUGUUGGCACAAUGAAGAUCACUGGAGUUACUCCAUAAACUAUAUGCACUGGGGGGAGCCCAAGACAUGGUAUGGCAUCCCUGGAGAUGCUGCAGAAGAAUUUGAAAUGGCAAUCAAAGAAGCAGCUCCAGAGCUAUUUGAAGAACAGCCUGACCUGCUUCAUCAGUUAGUUACCAUAAUCAAUCCUAAUGCCCUGACUGCCAAGGGUGUGCCUGUAGUCAGAACCAACCAAUGUGCUGGGGAGUUUGUAGUGACUUUCCCUAGGGCAUAUCAUGCUGGAUUCAACCAGGGCUUCAACUUGGCUGAAGCUGUCAACUUUGCUACUGCUGAUUGGCUUCCCAUCGGACGCAAGUGCAUUGAACACUACAAAGAAAUGAGCAGAAACCCUGUAUUCUCCCACGAGGAGCUUGUGUGCAAGAUGGCUGCUGAUCCAGACGGUCUAGACCUAGACCUUGCUAAGGCAGUAUAUGAUGAGCUGUCUGUCAUUGUUGAGGCAGAAAUCAAGAAAAGAACUAAACUAUUAGAACAGAAUACUAAGGAAUUUGAGCGGCCUGAAGCUUUUGAACUGCUUCCUGAUGAUGAAAGACAGUGUAAUAUCUGUAAAACAACUUGCUUUAUGACUGCUGUCACCUGCACUUGUGAUCCAGAAAGACUUUCAUGCAUUGAUUGUGCUAAUGAAUUUUGUUCCUGCCCAGCCUAUAAGAAGACACUAAGGUAUCGAUAUACUGCAAAAGAACUGCCUUCCAUGUUGCUCAAGCUCAAGAAGAGAGCUGAUUCGUUUGAUAAUUGGGCACGGGAAGUCAAAAGGGCUCUGGAGCCAUGUGAAAAUAAAGUUGGUGUUGCUGAACUGAAAGAACUUGUCGCAACAGCAGAACAGAGUCAGUUCCCAGAAUGUGAUCUUUUACAGUUACUUAAAUCAACACUAGCUGAAGCUGAGAGGUGUGCAAGUGUGGCUUUACAGCUAGUGAGUAGAAAGCACAGGACACGCCAUAACCUACCCACAUCAGUUGUGCAGGCACCUAAACUGAGUCUAGAUGAGCUACAGGCCUUCAGGCAGCAGCUAGAAGGGCUUCCCUGUGUUAUCCGUGAAGCUGAUUUAGUUCAGGAUCUGAUGACCCAUGUUGAAAGCUUCCAGUGUGAAGCACAGAAGGUUCUACAAGACACUGUAGUAGACAAGAUUAGACUACAACAACUACUGGAUACCGGGGCCGGUCUGGAUGUCGAACUACCAGAGAUACCUAAACUGAAACAGGAAUUAUGUCAAGCCAAGUGGUUAGAACAAGUGGCAAUAACGCUAGAAAACACAGAGGCGGUGUCUUUUGAUACCUUACAAGAAUUACUGACAACUGGACAAACUUUGACUCAGAAAUCUGCUGUUGCGAAGGCUGUUGGUGAACUACGAGAACUUGUGAACCGUGGUGAAAAAUGGGAAGAAAAAGCCAAACUAUGUCUUCAAGCAAGGCCUCGACACGUUAUGGCCACAGUAGAUGCUAUCGUCAAGGAAGCAUCCAAUGUACCUGUUUACUUACCUAAUGUCAGUGCACUGAAGGAAUCGCUAAGAAAGGCUACUGAAUGGUCCGAAAAAGUCGAUAAAGUACAGAAUGACGUAUACUAUCCAUAUUUGGAAGUGCUGGAAGCCCUGGUCAUGCGCGGAAGGCCAAUCCCAGUAAGGCUUGAACAGUUGCCUCAGAUGGAGUCUCAAGUGGCGGCUGCAAGAGCGUGGAGAGACAGGGCAGCAAGGACAUUCUUGAAAAAGAAUUCCAAUUCUCCUUUGCUCGAAAUACUGUUACCAAGGAAAGACAUUGGCUUGUACAAAAGCUGUCCAAAACCAAGAAAGAAAAGAGAAAAGGAAAAGGAAAAAGAAAAAGAGAAAGAAAAAGAAGUAGUCCUUGACCUAGCCGCUAUCGAUGACUACAUCGGCAGAGAUCCACUCCAGCAAAUAGCGCAGUUCAAAGACGCUGAACUCAAAGAGUUAGACUCUGUUAAGAAACUACGUAAACUACACAUUGCAAGGUUACGCGAAGAAGAAACAAAGCGUGAGGCUGGAGAGAGCAUCGACGGACAGUAUUGUAUAUGUCGCCGCGGCCCCGAAGGCUUCAUGCUGAUGUGUGAACUAUGUAAAGAAUGGUUCCACGGUUCGUGUGUGCCUUUACCUCGAACGCAAAGCGGAAAGACUGUAGGAAAAGGAUCAGCUGGAAUAGAAGCCGCUAAAGAACUCAAAUAUCUAUGUCCUCUGUGCCUGCGCUCGAGAAGACCACGCUUAGAAACCAUUCUCUCGCUCCUUGUUUCUCUUCAGAAACUCCCCGUGCGCCUCCCAGAAGGAGAAGCGUUACAAUUUCUGACAGAACGAGCUAUGAACUGGCAGGAUCGUGCGCGUCAGCUGUUAGCGGACCAGGAAGUAGCUAAGAUAUUGGACUCGUUAAAUAAACCAGAAGCGCAGAGCACUGAGAGCUCACAGAACGUUUCGGAAGAAAAUCUUUCCGCAUCUGCUGCACUACUGCGACUGGCGAGCAUCGCGUCUGAAUUACCUUCAGCUGGAGGUUCUACAGAAAGCAGUGCUGGUGCUACGGCAAGUUCAUCUACAACCACUAUCCCGGCUAACGAAAGAAAGCCUAGAGUCUUGUUAUCAGAUGAGAAAAGAGCUGGUUUAGAAGAUCUCAUGAUGGAAGGGGAUCUUCUGGAGGUUACGUUAGAUGAAACUGAUCAACUGUGGAAGGCUUUGCGCACUCAACGAUCCUUUGAAGAAAAGGAAAGAAAGGUGUACGAUGUUAAACAAGACAAAGAGAAGAUCAAAAGGAAACGAAAAAAGAAAGAUGAAGACGAUAAGAACAAACCUUCAAGACGUUCUUCUACUUCUACCAGUACAACCAACACAGACAUCCCAAAGAAGCGCCAAAGAAAAAUGAAAUCAAACCGUGAAGAGAUCAUAAGUGUCGAUGAUGAGGAGGAUGAAAUGUGUGCAUCAAAGUCUUGUUCGCGGCCAGUAGGGGACGAAGUCGGCUGGGUUCAAUGCGAUGCUUGUGAGUUAUGGUUCCAUUUAGUAUGCAUAGGAUUGAGCUGUGAGAAAGCUGAGGCUCUUGAAUCCUACAAAUGUAAUUUGUGCGUGUCUCUUGUCGUGAAUAUCUCCAACACUAAAGGACCAUCACCUGAGUCUCCAGACUCAGUAAAUGUUGAUGUCGAUAGUACGACACCUUGUGGGAAUUCUCCUUGUGCUUCACCUUCACAACCUGCAGCAGAUGAAAAAUCAUCUAAGGUAGAAGAGGUCCAAGAGAGUAGUAAUCCACUUGCGGUACCAAUGGAUACUGAAAUCACCUCUGCACCAGUAGAGAAUAGGGAGAACUCAGUCGUACAAGUGAAUGUUGACUUAUGAUGUCACACAGUAAGUCCGGAAGUUCAAUGGAUAUAGUUUAUAGGGAUCUCUGGUGACUUCUCAUCAUGCAAAUGCGAAAAUAGUGCCCUGUUGAGCUAUUCUCAUUUUUGUACACAUCCAAAAAUAGUGAUCCCACAAUAUUGCAUCCAAGUUUGCUAUGCUACAAAUGGGCAUUUGCCUAGGAAUACUUGACAAUCAACAGAUUAAUUACACCAUUUUUCUCACAUACGAUAUACGAGUUUGCAUAAUUUGUCCCAUGAUUAGAAGAUGGACAUAUAUAUUUUUCGCUUAAGAUGCGUUUUCCUUUAAAGUGUAGUUUUUUCAACUAGACUCUGAAGACAAUGAUUCCAUGCUAGUGCAUUUUUUUUCGUUUAUAAAAUGCUUCCUUUUGCUUUAUUUGUGCUCAAAAGGAAAACGUUUCAAAGCGGAGUUACAAAUGAUGCAUGAUUCUAGUUCAAGCAGAAAUAACUUUUGCUCUUGAUUCUGAAGAAUACUAGAAGUUUUUGACAAAGCAAUAGUUUGGUAGUAAGCAACCACAAUCCUUAUAAUUUUCCCUUGGUGUCUUUAGAUAAUUCAGUUUUAGAACAUUGGACGUCAAGAAAAUCAACCACCAUCAUUCCAUAAGACAGGACUCAUUGUAGAACGUAUGGUGAGAGUUUUCUUUAAAGUAAUUAGUUAAAAAUUUCAGCUUUUCUUCCAGUUGUGGACUUCUCAAGGAUAAUAAUUUCACAACUGACUCUAAAAUAGAUGUGGUUAGAGUUGGAAAAUUACAGCACUGUGCUGUAGAUUAUAAUUUCAUUUUGUACGUAAUAUUUCAAUGGCAUUGCAUGAAAUCUUGUAAUCUGUCAUCGCAACAAUGUGAGUCCUGGAACAUUCUAUAGGCACAUGUUCUUAAAACUUUAUUUCCACAUCGGAGAAAUGCCCCAUUUAUUUUUACCAAUCUGGCUAAAUUGGUAAAGUUGAUCGACACAUGCUAUUGAAAAUGGCUUUAAAUCGAAUUCCAUAAAUUUUCUUUCCUGUUUCUUAUAUGAAUCCCACUUCUAUGCUAUAAUUCAUUUCUCCAAGCCCUAUUACCUGGUUGCAAGUAAAAAAUUAGAACUUAUUAUCCAUUGUAUAAACUGCAAGCAUACAUUAUCAUAUCAAUUUAUUUAAAAUACAUAUAUAAAACUAGGUGAUAACUGUUCUCUGUGUAUAUACUAUUGCUCCUUCUAAUGAUAAACAAUAAGAAUGCAAACACUCUUUCAAAAAUAUCAAUUUACAGUUAAUGAGAUUGCUUGAGCUUUAAUAUCAUUGAUAGUUAAGUAUGGCUUUCACUAGCAAGCAGAAUCAGAAUUGGAAGCAGCUUAUGAUGAAGUGAAAAUCAGAAAACAGACUAGUUAAUUGGAGUCAGAAACAUGUCCUUUUUCUUAUUCCUUUGAACAGUUUUCACUCACAAUUUCAUGCAUGAAUUGCUUCUAACUCUGCUUCAGACACAAUUUAAAACCAGCUUCAAGAAUUCAACAAAUAAGCUAUUUUCUCAGUAUCCAGUUAAACUUUAAUGGUUGCCACAAGCAUUCUAUAGAUCAUUUAAAAAAAAAUACUUGUCAGACACCCCACUACACUGAUCUACCAAUAAGAUUAAAAAGCAAUAAACAUUUAGUAAAACAGUUUUUCCGUAAUAACAAUUUUCUGUACAUUUAGCAUAAUCAGCAUCAGCAUUGCUAUUAUGUUUAACUUUAUUUAGUGAUUUUCGGUUUCCAGUUCCGAGGAUUAUUCUAUUUUUUGAUUGAUCGUAAUUUAUUCGACAGUUAAUACUUCAUUAUAUGGUAACUUUUGUAUACUGAUUUGUUUAUGUAGCUUUAGUGUUAACAGCAUUUUACGUCAAGAACACUUUAGCUGUUCCAGUCUUAUUAUUUAAGGUAUUGCCAAGAAAAUCAUACCUUUCAUAGCAAAUAAACAACAUUUGAAAACAUUUA